GCAUAUGUGAGUGGCGAGGUGUAAUCAAUAAACCAUCUGCCGUUCAGCACACCGAGUUCGAUGUGACGUUAAGUCCGGCACAUUCCAUAUUGGAUGCCCUCCGGGUAAUUCAGAAGACGUAUGUUUGUCAACAGACAUAAGUACUUGAAUUGACAGGAACCGCCAGAUAUUUUUGUAGAAAACAUCGUCAAUAGCUUCAUCUUCAUCUUAGUCUACCUACCUUAGGUACCUAAGUAGCCACCUAAUUGCUGGGACUAGCUCAACCAUGGCUAUCCCCUCAACUGAGCAGCUGGCAAACGGCCAGGGAACUAAAAAGCUACACUUCGUAAUAGUUGGGGGGUCGCUAGGUGGUCUUGCGACGGGCCUGGCCUUAAAAGCGCUCGGCCACGACACCACGAUCCUAGAGCGCAAUCCCGCUCCGAUGCUUCAGGACCAAGGGGCAGGAAUAGUAGCCGGUGGAGACACCCUCGAGCUUUUUAACCGAUACAACCGAUGCGACCGACCAUUUUCGGUUCGCUCGGAUAGGAGACAGUAUCUCGAUAGAGACGGUGUUGUAGUGCACAAGGUCGAGACGGUGCAGUAUAUGACCUCCUGGGACCUGGCGUACUACCUCAUGCGUGCGAACUACGACGGCAUCGAAAGCCCGUACUGCAAAGUUCCGGAGCCAGCGCCGGGUCACGGGAAAGCGACGCAUCUGCACGACCGGCAGGUGGUAAGCUUCAACAGGGAAGGGGACGGCAUCCGGGUAUACUGGAAGUCGAGCAAAGGGGAGGAGGGGAGCAUAUUCGGCGACAUUCUCGUCGGCGCCGACGGGCCCAGCUCGACGGUGCGCAAGAUCCUCGAGCCGGACGUCGAGAGGAAAUACGCCGGCUACUGCGCCCUCCGCGGGACGGUGCUCGAGACCGAGGCCAGCGAGUCCGCGAGGGAAGCCUUCACCCACCGAUUCACAUUUUUCCACUCCCCCGGCAUUCAGAUCCUCGCGUACCUGAUUCCGGGGAAAGACGGGACGAUAGAGCCGGGCCAACGGCUCAUCAACUUCGUGUACUACACCAACUUCCCCGAAGACUCGGCCGAGCUGGAGGAGAUCAUGACGGAUAAAGACGGGAGACGUCGGCAGAUCACCGUCCCGCCGGGCGCGAUGAACCCGGACGCGUGGGAAAAGCAGCGGCAGCUGACGCGCGAGAGGCUCCCGCCGCAAUUCGCGGAGAUAGUCUGCGGGACGCAGAAGCCGUUCGUGCAAGCGGUGACGGACGUGCUGACGCCGCAGAACGAGUACCUGGACGGGAAAGUGGUGCUCAUCGGGGACGCGCUCGCCGGGUUCCGACCGCACACCGUCGCGUCGACGUCGCAGGCCGCUUUCGACGCCAUGAUCUACGCGGACUACGUCGCCGGCAAGGUAUCGAGGGAGGAGUGGAAGAGGGAGACGAUAGGUUUUGCGAGGUACAUACAGAAGAGGGGCGUGGAUAUGGGUAUUCGAAGCCAGUAUCAGGACCUUCCGCUCAACGAGCACAUCGACGACCGCAAUAGAGCGUCGGUGCCGCGGGAACAGGAAGUUUUUCCUGAGUGGGCGACCGUGAUAUAGGCUUUCUAUUACUCUUACAUGGCUACGUUCGCAUUUCAAACCUGUAACAGGUAGUACUCAUGCUGUCUCUAUAGCAGAAUCCGAAUUUUCUCUUUGUAGUU